AUGAGUUCUGCAGAACACAAGUCCGAAGUGAGCCGGAAAAAGCGCGAUCCCGCCAAACGGUGCGUCAGUGAGCCAGCCAAGACACAACCAUCCGCUGGAGUCGCCGUCCUCGAGGCGGGACGGCCUCGAGGACAGGCCUCGGCGGCGAAGCCCUUCUGCCGACUCCAGCGAGUGUUCAUGUUCCACAGGACCAGAUCGGGUCCAAACACCGGCUCUCUGGAGGCGGCCAGCCCGUCCGCCGAGCGCGGCUCACCCCCACCGCCGCUGCACUCCGCCGGCGGGAUCAGAAUCCCCGAUCCUUCGCCGUCAGGCCCGAGGCUGCCCAGCCUCGGGCCUGACGGACCUGCCGAGAGGGCGAGACUGAGUCACGAAUCGGCCCGGGCACGGGGGAGCUCAGACGCCAACGCCGACGCCGACGCC